UACUCAUUUCAAGUGAAGGAUCAGUUUCAGGGUUCAGGUUGAAGUGUCUUGAUGACAAGAAUUCAGGUUCCAAGGAGAAGCCCAUAAGGCUAAGGGUAUUGGAUAUAACGGAAAGUGGAAGCUAUACCUGACUUCCAGAGAAUGUGGACUGGAUAUAAGAUCUUAAUCUUCUCUUACCUUACUGCAGAAAUCUGGAUGGAGAAGCAGUAUUUACCUCAAAGAGAAGUGGACCUAGAAGCUUAUUUCACUACGAAUCACACCGUUUUGCAAGGUACUCGAUUCAAAAGAGCCAUUUUCCAAGGGCAAUACUGUAGAAAUUUUGGCUGUUGUGAAGACAGAGAUGAUGGCUGUGUCACUGAGUUCUAUGAGGCGAAUGCAUUGUGCUACUGCGAUAAAUUCUGUGACAGAGAAAAUUCUGAUUGCUGUCCUGACUACAAGUCCUUUUGCCAUGAAGAGAAAGAAUGGCCUCCUCACACACAGCCUUGGUAUCCAGAAGGUUGCUUCAAAGAUGGUCAACAUUAUGAAGAGGGAUCAGUAAUUAAAGAAAACUGCAACUCCUGCACAUGCUCAGGACAGCAAUGGAAAUGUUCCCAGCAUGUAUGCCUUGUUCGUCCAGAAUUAAUUGAACAGGUCAAUAAAGGAGACUAUGGAUGGACAGCACAGAACUACAGCCAAUUUUGGGGAAUGACUUUAGAAGAUGGUUUCAAAUUUCGCCUUGGCACUUUGCCACCUAGUCCCAUGCUCCUGAGCAUGAAUGAAAUGACAGCUCCUUUACCUGCAACAACUGACCUUCCAGAGUUUUUUGUUGCUUCUUAUAAAUGGCCUGGAUGGACUCAUGGCCCAUUGGAUCAAAAAAAUUGUGCUGCAUCCUGGGCAUUUUCCACUGCAAGUGUGGCUGCUGACCGAAUAGCAAUUCAGUCUAAGGGUCGAUACACGGCCAAUCUAUCCCCUCAGAAUUUGAUCUCUUGCUGUGCCAAGAACCGUCAUGGGUGCAAUAGUGGAAGCAUCGAUAGGGCUUGGUGGUACCUGAGAAAACUUGUUUCAACUCAUCAGUAUGGUUCAUUGUCUCCACUCCAUUUGAUGAAAAAUGGGAGGCUGCAUUUCCUCACUUUCAGACUGGUAUCCCAUGCAUGCUAUCCACUUUUCAAAGACCAAAAUGCCAACAAUGGAUGUGCCAUGGCAAGCAGGUCUGAUGGGCGAGGAAAACGGCAUGCCACAAAGCCAUGUCCCAACAACAUAGAAAAAUCUAACAGGAUCUACCAAUGUUCUCCUCCAUACAGAGUCUCUUCCAGUGAAACUGAGAUAAUGAAAGAAAUCAUGCAAAACGGACCAGUUCAAGCCAUAAUGCAAGUCCGUGAGGAUUUCUUCCAUUAUAAGACAGGGAUAUACAGGCAUGUUACCAGCACAAACAAAGAGUCAGAAAAAUAUCGAAAGCUUCAGACACAUGCAGUCAAACUUACUGGAUGGGGCACACUGAGAGGAGCACAAGGGAGGAAAGAAAAAUUUUGGAUUGCUGCCAAUUCCUGGGGAAAGUCAUGGGGAGAGAAUGGCUAUUUCAGAAUUCUUCGAGGAGUAAAUGAGUCUGACAUUGAAAAGUUGAUUAUCGCAGCUUGGGGCCAAAUGACAAGUUCUGAUGAACCAUAACGUAUCAUUAAAUUUCCAUAAGGCCAUGCCUUUAAGUAACCCCCUAAAUUGAAGUUUAGCAAUAUGACAUUCUUGGUGACAAUGGAAUCUUUGUCUCUUCACCGUGUUAACAUAAUCUAUCUAUUUUCUUAUUUUCCCCCCUGGUCUAUGCUUCUGCUUCCUUCAUAUUACUGAGCAUAAAAAACACCAAAAAAGGACAGCAGAGUGCCUAAGUGCCUUUAAAGUUC